AUGACAGAAAAUGUUAAUGCUGCUGUUGGGACCCAAGUUUCCAAUUUAGCUGCUAGCAGUACACAGAAUGAACUCAUUGAUUCCUCUCAUCCAUUCUUUAUUUCACCAUCUGAUUCUCCUGGCACACUGUUAACCAAUACAGUGUUUGAUGGCAGGAGUUUUGGUGGAUGGAAAAGAGGAAUGUGGAUAGCUUUAACAGCAAAAAAUAAAUCUGGUUUUGUUGAUGGAUCUACCCGAGAACCAAGUGCAGGAACUGACCUGCACAGAGCUUGGUCUAGGGCCAAUAACAUGGUCAUUUCUUGGUUAUUAAACUCUUUAUCUAGGGAAAUUUCAGAAAGUAUUUUAUAUUAUUCUACUUCGAAAGAUAUCUGGGCAGAAUUGGAGGCAAGAUUUGGCCAAAGCUCAGGUGCUAGGCUUUUUCAACUCCAAAAGGAGCUUAGUGACCUUACUCAAGGUGCAUGUGAUAUUGCAACUUAUUUUACCAAGAUGAAACGACUCUGA